AUGACGGACAGCGGCGGCCUUGGCGUUCGGCCUAUUAACGGAGGCCGAGGGGGUGCCGUGGAGCAGCGUGGGCUCGGCGACAACGGGCCUCCAGUGUCCCCACCAGAGCGUGUUUGUACGCCGCCUGCGCCGAGGCUGGCUGCUUGGCGGCGCAUGUCAUCGCCUGGUCCUCUCCGGUGCUCAACCCCGAGGAGCAUUGGGUGUGAAGAGGGUGAGGAUUUGGAUCGGUACUUUUCCCCCCAGAGUGAGUUUUCUCAAGACACUUCUCAUACGGAUUCGAUGAGCACAAGUAUUAGUAGGAUGUAUACCUUCCGGUUGGGGACUUCAAGCCCAUUAGAUAGUCCUAUCAAACAAUUGGGAGUAGGAGACACAAGUCCUCCCUCAAGGAGGGGUUGCCAUUCUCCUAGCUAUCCUUGGAAUUCAUGCCGGGGAUCAGAUGAUGUUGAUUCUAGUUUUAUGAAUUCACCUUGGCAUGAUGAUGAACAGAGGAAAGAUGAUGUGCAACCAAUUGAUUUUGAGAGUAGACACAUCUGGUAUCCUCCACCACCUCAGGAUGAAAAUGGUACUUUUCAAUAUGAUGAGGACGAUGACAAUGAUGAUUGUGAUGGGAAGGUCUUUGGACAUGUUAACCAUGAUUAUUGCGAUGGCGAGGAUGAUGAUGAUAAUGAUGAUGAUGAUUUGUUAGGGAUCAAAGGAAAACAUAGUAUAUCUCACAAAGAGUUCUUGAGGAGUGCUUUACAUGGGCAUUUCAGGGCUCUCGUGUCGCAAUUGCUCCUAGGACAUGGCAUUGAUCCCAUGGAUGGCUGGCCAGACAUAGUAGCCUCAUUAGCUUGGCAAGCAGCUACCUUUGUCAGGCCAGAUACAAGCAAGGGUGGUAGCAUGGAUCCCACAGACUAUGUCAAAGUCAAAUGCGUAGCAUCAGGAAAUCCAAAUGAUAGUGCUUUCAUUAAAGGUGUUGUCUGUUCUAAGAAUGUAAAACAUAAACGUAUGGUGUCAAAACAUGAGAACCCUAGGUUGCUUCUUUUGGGAGGAGCACUGGAAUACCAGAAAGCCACGAACAAACUAGCUUCAAUAAACAGCAUUCUUGAACAGGAGAAGGAGUAUCUUAAGAAUGCUGUUGCAAAGAUAGAGGCUCAACGCCCACAUGUCUUGCUAGUCGAGAAAAGUGUGCCAUUGCAUGCGCAACAGCUUCUUGCAAAAGAUAUAUCUUUAGUAUUGAACGUCAAGAGAUCACUUCUGGAAAGAAUAUCUCGCUGCACAGGUGCUCAAAUUGCGUCUUCUGUUGAAAAUAUCACUUCUACUGGAGUUGGACAAUGCCAAACAUUCUGGAUUGAGAAAGUUACAGAAUGUUCAUCACCAAAGGUCUCAAACAAAAAAACAGUCAAGACACUGAUGUUUUUUGAUGGUUGUCCAAGACGCUUGGGGUGCACGGUUCUUCUAAGAGGAAAGUCAUAUGAAGAGUUAAAGAAAGUCAAACUUGCUGUGCAGUAUGCUUUAUUUGCAGCAUACCACCUGUCACUUGAGACCUCAUAUCUUGCUGAUGAGGGUGCAACACUUCCAAAAGUCCCCUCAGAUCUUCAAUUUGAGAAGCAAAAUUCUUCCUCAAGAUACUAUCAGCAGAAUUUGAAUGAAUUUCAAACCAUUGAAGGGGAAACUUUUGGAAGUGGAUGCAUCAUGCCUUGCCUUAAUGGUUCUGCAAAUCAAUCUCAUUCAAGAGCUGACAUAAUUCACGAGGAACAUGCACACUGUCAUUCAAGAGCUGACUUAAGUCAGGAAGAAUAUACUUGUGGAACCAUUAAGGUAUACCCUUAUUCCACAGAAGCUUCAAUGUAUGGCAGCUGUAUUCCACCUGUAUGCAUGACUGUUCAGACACCUAAAAGUUCACUUGCCAGUGUGAGAAAAAGGACACCAGGAAAUUUAUAUUUUCCCCAUAAUGGUCACAUAGAUGAAGCAGGUGGUGGAAUGUCAAAGGUUGAUAGUGACUUCCUUGACUUGGAUAAUGGUUGGAAUCAUAUCUCAGAUGAAGAUUCUGUAGCAAUACGUGAUCACAAUGGAAAUCACAACGAAUAUUUCCCAACAUCUGACAGUCCACAGAGCAUUUUGGUUUCCUUGUCAGUUGCAUGCCCUCUGAGAGGAAUUGUAUGCAAGCAAUCUCAGCUAUUUCGGAUAAAGUUCUAUGGUACUUUUGAUAAGCCACUUGGAAGGUAUUUUCGUGAAGAUUUAUUUGUUCAGACUUCAUGCUGCGAAUCUUGCAAGGAGCCUGCAGAAUCUCAUGUGCGAUGUUACACUCAUCAACAAGGCAGUCUCACAAUCAGUGUCAGAACUCUUCCAUCUGUCAAGCUACCUGGGGAGCUUGAUGGGAAGGUAUGGAUGUGGCACAGGUGUCUCAGGUGCAAACCAAAAGAUGGAAUUCCUCCAGCCACACAAAGGAUAGUCAUGUCAGAUGCAGCACGCGGAUUAUCUUUUGGGAAGUUUCUGGAACUUAGCUUUUCAAAUCACACAACAGCCAAUCGAAUUGCCUGCUGUGGACACUCCCUCCAGAGGGACUGCCUUCGUUUUUAUGGGCUUGGGAGCAUGGUUGCUGUCUUCCGUUAUUCACCAGUAGACAUUCUUUCUGUCAACUUGCCAUCCUCAGUACUGGACUUUGCUUAUCCAAAAGCUCAAGAUUGGGUCAUCAAAGAAGCUGUUGAUGUAUGCGCUAGGAAGGAACAUCUAUAUAGGGAAAUUGUUGUUAAACUUGACUGCAUCGAAAAGAUAGUUAAAGACCAGAACAUUGGUAUGAAGUCAGGCUUGCAUAAACAUGUUGCUGAUCUUAAGGAGUUGGUUAAAGUUGAGUGGAAGAAGUAUGACGUUGUAUCAGGGUUUUCUAUCAUAGAUGACUUGCUGACAUUUGAACCAUAUAUAGAUGUUCUAGAGCUCAAUCGCCUGAGGAGAGAGCUUGUACUUGAUAUUCACGUAUGGGAUCGGAGACUGUACAUGAUGCACUCCCUCACGAAAGAAAACUGUUGUACUGUGCCAAAUGAUGCACAAUGUUCUGAGAAGCUUACUGAAAGCUUAUUAGAACAAUCAAAGGAUGUGACAUCUAGUAAACAUUUGAAUGUUGAGAAUUCUCUAGAACAGAAUGAACCAAGUACGUUGGAAGUGGCUGCAGUUUCAGUGAAAUCAUCCCCUAUGACGGAACAAACCAACACUAGUGUUUCACAUUUGGGAUUGGAAACCAACAUUAUGGGUGAUGUAUCCAUGCAUUCUGGCUCAACUGUUAUCAGCUUUGCCCCAGGCCCAUGUGAAAUGCAGAGUGAAGGAGUGCUGGCUGAACUAGAAGCUGGAAAGACUUUGCAGAAAUCACAAUCUUCUGCCUCCAAUCUUUCUGACAGAAUUGACUUAGCAUGGACUGGUUCUGGUCAGUUUGUUAACGAUUCAUCAAGUAGCAUGGAGGCAGUUUCAUUCAUACCUGCUAGUCUGAAGGAUGAUCCUGCAUACCAGAAGGUUAUAGCACCAAUCAGAAUCAAAUCGUUCGAUUCUGCUGUCAGUUCCAGAAAUGUUGAUGAUUCAAAUGCUAGUAUAAGAAGAUCUUAUUCUCAAAGGCCCCCAAAGGCUAUUGAGAGAACUGGUAAGGGUCUGUCACCAACAUUCUUGAACAAGCUGUCACUUCCUGGUAUGAUUGAUGGCGAGAGUUGGUUGCUACUGUCACAAAAUGAUUCAGAUGUUAUUGUUCCAAUUUAUGAUGAUGAACCAUCUAGCGUGAUAGCCCAUGCCAUGACUGUUCCAGAAUAUCGCAGCUUCUUGUUGCCACUUCUAGAUCAGAAUAAUGAAUCUAGUUUAUUGAAUUAUGGUUCUGAUCAGCCUCAACCUAUAACUGGAAAUGACUCUAAGGAUAACCAUUUGACUGUUUCUUUUGAGGAUGAAGACUCAUAUUCUGUUGAUAAAGCAAAAUUUUCUGUGACAUGUUAUUUUGCAAAGCAGUUUGAUGCAAUCAGGAGAAAGUGCUGUUCAGAUGAGCUAGACUAUAUCCGCUCCUUAAGUCGCUGCAAGAGAUGGAGUGCUCAAGGUGGCAAGAACUCUGUAUCAUCUGGGAGCCCAACUUGCCUCACUAAAGUCCUUGGUCUUUACCAGAUCACUACCAAGAAUUUGAGAGAUGGAAAGGAGCUGAAGAUGGAUGUAAUGGUCAUGGAAAACCUAUUUUUUCAAGAGGAAGGGAACAACAAGGUUCUCUUGGAUCUUAAUCUGUUAGAGACACUUCACACAAAGCCCAUUUUUCUUGGAAGCAAAGCAAAAAGAAGGCUGGAACGAGCUGUCUGGAAUGAUACUUCUUUUCUGGCAUCGGUGGAUGUGAUGGACUACUCUCUCCUAGUCGGCAUUGAUGAAGAAAGAAAAGAGCUUGUGAUGGGGAUUAUCGACUAUCUUCGGCAAUACACUUGGGACAAACAACUAGAGACUUGGGUGAAGGCGACAGGAUUUCUAGGUGGCUCCAAGGAUGUUCUACCGACCAUCAUAUCUCCGGAUCAGUACAAGAAGAGGUUCAGGAAGGCCAUGUCGAAGUACUUCUUGGCUCUCCCUGACCAAUGGUCACCGUAA